AAUUCGUUUCAGAAACGGCAACUUUUACCAACAUGGCAAAUGGGGUAGGAUUCAUAGAAUCCACGUCAAAAAAUAUCAUUUUCUCAUUUGCAAACCAUGUUAUAAACGAUUCAUCUCAUCUACAAAAGGAAUCAUUUUCAUUACAUUCAAAACAAAGUAAAACCAACAAAACUGCUGAACAUGCCACAACGAUUCGCAGGAAGCGGUCAUGGUCCAGAGCAGUGUUUAGCAGUCUCCAAAGGAAGGGACUGGAAAGGACAUUCCAGGAUCAGAAAUAUAUCACAAAACCUGACAGGAAACGUCUUGCAGCUAAUUUAGGCUUGCACGAUGCGCAGGUAAAAGUUUGGUUUCAAAACCGUCGAAUGAAAUGGCGACACAUGGUUAAAAGUAAAAGACUGCCUUUCACACAAAGUCGUACUACAAUCAACGAAACGAUAUCUAAAGGAUCAAAUACAUCGGACGUGUGUGCACCAGUCGAUGCAGUGUUAGCACUUGACAUCGAUGAAGACAGCAGAGAUAUUGAUAUAAUUAUAGAUUGAUUA